GGUCAUAACACUCUCUAAAACAAUCCCGCGUAUAAAUAUAACUUUGCACACUUACCAACCACCGAUUAAUAUUGCUGGCACUGAUAAUCCUCUUGCCUUGUGUUUCUCGUUUUUCACGAAAUGAGAGCGUCUUUGAAGGGCAGGUACGAAAAUGACAAAAGCACCGGCGUUGCUACUGUCGCCUUCAACACCGGCGAUGUUAAGCUUCGGGCUUCUGUAACCGACGCCACCUUCGUCAACGGCCCUAGCUUAAACGGCUUGUCUCUAGCUGUCGAGAAACCUGGCUUCUUCAUAGUAGACUACAACGUUCCCAAAAAGGAUUUUAGGUUUCAGUUUAUGAAUGCUGUUAAGGUUGUGGACAAGCCCUUGAAUCUGACAUACAUUCAUAGUAGAGGGGAUAAACGUACUAUUUUGGACGGGACUCUUGUGAUUGAUUCAGCGAACAAAAUAUCUGCUAAUUAUAUGGUCGGGACGGAGAAUUGCAAGUUGAAGUAUACUUAUGUGCAUCGUGGGUUGAUGACAUUUGAGCCGUGUUAUGACUUGGCAAAGAAUUCAUGGGAUUUUGCGGUAUCUCAGAAGGUCUAUAGUGAUGAUGUGCUCAAGGCUACGUAUCAAACGUCAAGCAAGAAUCUGGGCUUGGAGUGGUCAACGAAUUCAAAGCUGAAUGGGAACUUCAAGUUUUCUGCAUCCGUCAAUUUGGCUGAGGAGUCAAAAAUGCCAAAAUUAAGUGCUGAGAGUAUGUGGAACUUUGAGAUGUGAUAUGUUUCAUCAGUAUUCUUUCUUGGUUGUAACAUUACCGGUUAUUUAAACAAACAGCUCCACCUCUGGCUGUGCCCCCAUGUUUCAUCAGUAUUCUUUCUUGGUUGUAACAUUUACCGGUUAUUUAAACAAAGAGCUCCACCUCUGGCUGCGCCCCCAGUUGCUUUGAGCAUUUUUUUUC